AUGAACAUCAGUGGAAUAAAGAGGUUGGUGCAGGCUGAUCAGACCAGAGCCAGCCAGGUAAAGACAUCUGGAUACACCACCACGCAGGACGUGGUAGGACCUAUUUUUAAAAAAGGCGUCAGAAGCAGGCACGGCGCUCGUCCUGCGCAUGUGCGCCCGCUUGGACCCAGGUGUCUUCCUCGCCUUUCCUUUCCUCGCAGAGACGUCCCUCAAGCUGAAGGUGGUUCUGAGGCGUUUUUUGGCGUGUGUAAAACAUUUGGCACAAAGCUUAGCAGCAAACAUCAGCUGAUAAGAUUGAUCAUAUACGUGCUGUUCCAGGGAUUGAUCUCACUUGAGGAUGUGACUGUGAACUUCACCCGGGAGGAGUGGGGUCAGCUGGACCUUGCUCAGAAAACUCCAUAUAGGGCAUUGCAUUUCCAAGCCAGAGGGGAUCUUCAAGUUCGAGCAAGAAGCACCAUGGAUAUUGGAGGAAGAAUUCCCAAGCCAGCAUUGCCCAGAAUUGGUAUAAAAGACUGUUACCUUCAGGUCUGUGAAUCAAGAUUGAUUGCUGAAUAUGACAGGAUUCCUCUGGCUGCUGCACUGAGAACUGAUUGUUCAAAGGCAAAGGUGGGAUCAGGGGACCAGUCAAGAGGUUUCGCAGCCAUCCUUGUGUGACUGGAUGGGGCACAGCCCAGAGGAGUAGCAGUGGAGGUGGUGACAAGUGGCUGGAUUCUGUUUAUAUUUUAAAGUUACAGCAAAUAGGAAUUUCAUGAUUAGAUAUUGAGGGCAGAAAGAAAGAGAGACAAGGAUGUGUCUGAGGUGUCUGGGCUUUCAACUUUAUGGACAGAAUUGCCAUCAGCUGAGACAGGUUUGAGAGGGAAGAGCCUGAGUUCUGUUUGGGAAUAUUCCUUUUGAAAUGCCCAUUAGACAUACAGAUUGAUAUUUCAGGGAGGCAGCUGGAGUUCAGGUGAGAGGUCAGUCAUUGACAUUCAUUUUGGAGUUGAUCCCAAAUGAUGGUGUAUUAGUCAGGGUCUAAUCAGGAAAGAGAAACCACAAAGUAAUUUGAAUAGGAAAAGUUUAUAUGAAGAAUUAUUCACUGCAACAGGGGGUUGGAGUAACAAGGCAUGGGGUAGUAGGGCAGUGGUUCUCAACCUUCUUAAUGCCACGACCCAACAGUUCCUAUGUUGUGGUGACUCCCCAACCAUAAAAUUAUUUUCGUUGUUACUUCAUAACUGUAAUUUUGCUGAUAUGCGGAUGUAUUUUCAUUGUUACAAAGGGGUCACGACCCACACAUUGAGUACCGUACCGCUGUGUAGGGAGUUAAGAGAAUUCUCAAGAUUAUAGAUGGAGCAGCCACUAGCCUAGAGCUGAGGUAGGGGCCCUAGAAAGAGUCUUUCCCCUUACCUCCCUCCCCCACCUCACUAGAGGGACCCAGCCAUGUACCACUAGGUGUCAGGGAUGUCCCUGAGGUGCUAUACCACUGGAACUUGCUGGAAAUCCUUCUUCUUGGUGCUGGAGAAAGGCGAGAUAUCUCAGGAGAGUCAUGCCAUAACAAAGCUGCCUGGAGAUGGGGGAGGAGGAGUGGGAGCUGCUGGCCACCAUGUCUUUCAUGAAGUCAACCACCUACAGAUGCCUGGUUAGGAAGCAUAGGAGAACCAGGAAAAACAAAACAAAACAAAACCCUGCUCUCUUCCCAAAUUAUCUCAAUUUCCCUUUACUGAUAAAACUUAACAUUAUGCCUUUGUGGGAGGAAAAAUAUUAAAAGGACCCACUUUCAUUUUUGCACAAGAGGCAAUGAAGAAUGAACUUGUAACAGAGAUGCAAUAAACUGAUAACUGAUAAAGACGGCAUAUAAAACCACGGGACAGAAUGAGACCAUCCAGGGAAUGUGUAUAGAAGUACAGACACAGAAGAGAAGACUGGAGGCUGAGCACUGUGGUUUCUCUUUAACUUAAACAUGUCAGGCAGAAGCAGGGGAACCAGCAAAGGCUACUGAGAAGGAGCAGCCAGGGUUGUAGGUGGUGUUCUGGGAGUCAAGCAAAUCUGAGACAGAAUGCACUGACAAUUAUUUGGUGACAUUUUUGCUGCAAAACGGAGCAGAGAAAAGAUGCAGUUACUGGUAUAGGAAAUACAGUCAAGAAGAGUUUGUUUGUUUUAAAGAGAAAUAGCUGCAUGUUGUAUGAUGAUGGGAAUACUGCAGUAGAAAGGGAAAAACUGAUGAUGUUGGAGAAAGAAUAGACUGGCUGGGUGACACUCAGGAGCAGUAAUAGAUGUUGGGAUUCAGCAGUCCGGUGCAGGAUUCCUUGGAUGGACACAGCUGUGGCUCAUUUAUAGUAACAGGAUGAUGGCAGGGGCAAGGAAUGUGGAGGAGGAAGUCAGUGAAAGACCUCUCUGACAAUUUCCAUUUUCUUAGGUAAGCAGGAAGCAAGGAAGGGAGAGGUGGUUGGAAGGUUUGAAGAUAGAGAAGGAGUUAUGAAGUUUUCAUUUUCAUUUGACAUUUUCAUUGGGAGAUUGAAUAGACCAGGCAAAGAAAGAAUUAUUAAAGCGAGAA